UGCUCAGGCGGACAUGUUGAUCGAGCCGUGUUUUGAUGCAUUUAGUUUGAGUGCGGCUCGUUUGGAAGCGUUUGUUUAAAAACACACCGAGACGGAAAUUAACUUUGGGCUCUCGCCUUUAAGGUGCUCCGGCCGCGUCUCCUGCUUUGGGAAUGUACCGGAGAGGGGCGAGUCAGAAGGAGCGGAGCGGAGCGGAGAGCGGCCCCCGCGCGGAGCUGCUCGUGUUCGGCUACGCGUGUAAACUGUUCCGCGACGACGAGCGGGCGAGCGAGCAUGAACGCGGAGCGCAGCUCAUCCCGUGGAUGGGGGACAAGAGCCUCAUGAUCGAUAGGUACGAUGGCCGUGGUCAUUUACAUGACCUUUCGGAGUAUGAUGCAGGCUCGUGGAACCAGAACUACCAGCUGUCUGAAGAAGAGGCCAGGAUAGAAGCUCUGUGCGAUGAGGAGAGAUACCUGGCCCUGCACACUGACCUGCUCGAGGAGGAGGCCAGACAAGAAGAAGAAUAUAAGAGGCUAAGUGAGGCUUUGGCUGAUGAAGGAUCCUACAAUGCAGUGGCUUUCCGCUACAGUGCUGACUACUACGACCCCUCCCAACCCACUGAAGAGGAGGAUGCCAGCAAAGACAACGACCCUGAACCUCAAGAGGAAGACUGUGAAGAGCCAUUUGUUGCACCGCCUGGUCUGAUCAUACCCCCAGAUGUGGAAUUGCCCGCGACAGUCAAGACCCAUGCCAUCAUCGAGCGUACUGCCAACUUCGUAUGCAAACAAGGAGCCCAGUUUGAGAUUGUGCUCAAGGCAAAGCAGGCUGGAAACUCUCAGUUUGACUUCCUGCGCUUCGACCAUUAUCUGAACCCCUACUAUAAACAUAUUCUUCGAGCCAUGAAGGAGGGACGGUACACGCCUGCCACCAACAGCAAGCAGGACCAGGCACAGGAAUCCAAAGCAGGAAAUUCUGAUGAUGACGAUGAUGAUGAUGACGAUGAUGAUGGUGAUGGCAGCUAUCUCCACCCCAGUCUCUUUGCAACCAAGAAGAGUUCUUGUCUGGAGGAGAAAAUAAAGCCCCUACAGGUCAUGGACCCAGACCACCCUUUGGCAGCACUAGUUCGCAAAGCCCAGCAAGAGAGGAAUGGGACCAUAGCCUUGACAGCUAAGCCAGUGGAAGAGGUGGCACCACCAGUGCAGCCCACACCAGCGGAUUACACCACUGAUCCUAACGUGGCUGCAAUGUAUUAUGGUUAUUGUAUGCUUCCGGAUGGAACGUAUUGCCUGGCCCCACCACCACCUGGGAUUGAUGCCAGCGCCUACUAUGGCACAAUGCCUGCUGGCAUGAUACCUGCACACUCAGCAUCUGGAGCGCCUCCACCACCAGGCACCACUCCUCCUCCUCCUGAACCCAUGGCUGCUCUCCCGUCAGCCCCUGCUGCUGUCACUGCCCCAGCCCUGGCCCCUGUGUCUACUGCAGUCUCUCAUUCUGCCCCUGCUGGUCUUCCCAGCACCAGCUCUCACCUUCCUCAGGCUAGCGUUUGUCAGCCAGUUUCAGCUCCUGCUGCAGCCAUCAUCCCCCCACCACCAGACAUCCAGCCCGUUAUUGACAAGCUGGCUGAGUAUGUGGCUCGAAAUGGAGUUAAGUUUGAGAGCAGCGUACGUGCUAAGAAUGACCCACGGUUCGACUUUCUGCAGUCUUGGCACCAGUACAACACUUACUACGAGUUCAAAAAGCACUACUUCAUGCAGAAAGAAGGCCUAAGCCUGCCAGAGGGCUCUGGCGUGCGGACCAGUGAUGGAGGCAGCACAGCUAACUGUUCCUCAGACAAACAGAAUAACGAGGGCAAACUCAUUAAAGCGUCCUUUGCGCCCAUCUGUUUUGCCAUAAAGUCCAAAGAGAACGACAUGCUGCCUCUGGAGAAGAACCGGGUUCGGCUAGACGACGACUCCGACGAGGAUAAGGAAAAAGAGUAUGAGCAGGACGGGGCGGAGCAGGCCAUGCCAGGAAUGGAGGUGCAGAGAGAGGUUGCGCCUCCCCCACAGCCUGAGGAGAAAAAGCCCACGCUAUCUCUGGAGGAGCUGGAGGCUAAGCAAGCCAAGCAGAAGCUGGAGGACCGCUUGGCAGCAGCUGCGAGGGAGAAGUUGGCUCAGGCCUCUAAAGAGUCAAAGGAGAAGCAGCUCCAGGCCGAGCGCAAGAGGAAAGCAGCCCUGUUCCUGCAGACCCUGCGUGGCCCUGAGGCUGAGAUCAAACGAGCUGAUGAGCCCUCCAUUUCCACUGAGCCAGAAGUGUCCCUCCUGUCCAUGGGGACCAUCCCUCCCCACACAGUCCAGAUACCAAGCUUGGACUACCCAGCCCCAGAAGCAGCCCCACUGAGAACCGCUGACCCUCCAGCCUCUUUCCUGCCCAUCUCCUCAUCAUCCUCGUCCUCCGCCUCUCGAGGCCUUGACCGAGAAAGACACAGAGAUGGAGACAGGGACAGAGAUAGGGACAGGGACAGAGAUCGAGACAAAAAGAAGAAGAAACACAAAAGAAGAUCUCGCUCCAGGUCCCGGUCCCGCUCCAGGUCCAAAACCAAGCACUCUUUACCCAGCGCGUAUCGCUCCUACAGGAGGUCCAGGUCCCAGUCUCGCUCUCCCAACAGGAGAGAACGCCAUGCUCACUCUUCAGAGAGACGGCGAGAGGAAAGAGAGUGUGAGCGCUAUGGAAGCAAAUCUUAUCGCAUUGGCAACAGUCCAGGACUGGGCAGGAAGCGCUCAAGGUCCAGAUCCAGGUCUCCGCAUGAAAAGAGGAAAAAGAAGAGCUCGAAAUCUCGCCAGGCUUCCUCCUGUUCACCUUCAGCUUCACCAAACAAAGGCUCCAGAUUUGGCAGAAGCCCCUCCCCUGCCACUAGCCCCGCCUCCAGCAGGUCCAGGGAUGGUUCACAGGAAAAAGACAAGCAAGUCUCUUCCACCAUCGUUUCUUCAGUGCAAACCAAAAUCACUCAGGACCUGAUGGCUAAAGUGAGAGCAAUGCUGGCUGCUUCUAAGGGUCUGCAGUCCAACCCGUCGUGAGAGGCACAGAGUGGCCGAACUGAACAGACGCUGCAAAAUGAACCUGCACCACUGCAAACUCGACCGUUCAGGAGCACCUUCUGUCCUUCACGAACGCAGGGCUGGACUGCUGUGCUUUUAUCCCUUUAUGUAUGGCGAUUUUGAAUCUUAUGUUACCAAGUUGUUUAUUUUUUGCAAACCAGAUGAGCGUCAGCCACGGAGAGUCGCAUUAUUGUAAGAGCAAAGCUGGAGGACAUGCUGGAGCCCAAACAGGUGUACGACGAGCCAGGCAGCAGACUGCGGGAUUAUUCAUCCUUCUGCUCCAAAAACUGUUUGUUUGUCUUUUGUUUCCUUUUUUUCGUUUCUGCCAGAAGGUGCCACCAUAAAGGAAUAUCAAAGACAGGAAGUAAUUUAUUAAGUAACGUGCGUUCUACGAAAACAAAUUCGACCUUUCACCCAAAUUGAUGACAGAGCUCCUUCUUAUGUGAUAAUGCUUCUGCCAGAGGGGAGUGUUAUAUCCUUCUGUGAAGGAUAAUGUUGUUUAUUUUCUCCCUCUCUCCUCUUUCUCUCCAGUCUGAGCUCUCCCUUGCAGCCAGGUUCAUUUUCUGCAGCCUUUGGCUGCCCUACAUUUUCCUCUGUUAUUUAGUUUUAAAUGAUGUGGCCUUCAUGUUCUAAGUUUGUACAGGGGUUACUUUGCAUCUGCUUUGUAAAACACUGAACAGUAAUAAAUUCUGAGUUAUGAACUCCACAUGUCA